AUGCGUGAUCGUGUACCGGUGAACUACACGGGCCAGCAGAAGACCAAGAAGGAAUUGGAUGCCAUGAGAGCCCAGAGACAAUCCUCCAAUGUCUUCUCCGUGUUCAAGCAGACACAGAUCCAGGAGUUUAAAGAGGUGUUCACACUUAUCGACCAGGACAGAGAUGGGUUUAUUGACAAAGAAGAUCUGAAGGAUACCUAUGAAUCUCCUGAACCCAUCAACUUCACCAUGUUCCUCAACCUGUUUGGAGAGAAGCUGCAUGGAACAGAUCCAGAAGAGAUCAUUCUCAACACCUUCAGAAUGUUCAAUUCUGACACUAAGGGUUAUGUUAAACAGAUGUUCCAAUCGCCUACCUUUGACCCAGCAGGAAACCUGGACUACAAAUCCCUCUGUUACAUCAUCACACGCAGAGAGGAACAGGAGGAGUAA